CAUCCAUGCACAAGCUCUCAAUUCCAACCCCAACCCCAACCCUGUUUCUCUUUUGCAUCCUUUGUUUCUCUCUUCAUCUCCAGCACUACUUGCAAAAUAACGAGCUGAAGCGGUGCUACAAUAACACUAGUGUUUUCAACAAUAAAUUAAUCAUAGCCGCAGCUUGUUUCUUUUAAACUCUAAAUAUAAAGGAGGCCAAACAUGCCGCCUCGUAGAUACCAAUUUGGGAGGGCUGAUGAGGCCACUCACCCCGACUCCAUGAGAGCCACCUUGGCUGAAUUCCUCUCCACUAUCAUUUUCGUCUUUGCCGGCGAAGGCUCAAUUCUUGCUCUUGACAAGAUGUACAAGGAUACGAGUGCGACGCCUGCAAGACUGGUGAUGAUAGCACUUGCGCAUGGGUUGUCUCUGUUUGCAGCUGUGGCAUCCAGUGUAAACGUAUCUGGUGGCCAUGUGAAUCCAGCAGUCACCUUCGGUGCCUUGCUCGGUGGAAGGAUCUCUCUCGUUCGGGCGCUGUACUACUGGAUUGCUCAGCUCUUAGGUUCCAUUGUGGCUUGUCUCUUGCUUCGCCUCACCGCUGGAAUGCGACCGGGAGGGUUCGCCCUGGCGUCAGGAGUAGGGGAGUUGCGUGGUCUGAUAUUGGAGAUAGUGCUGACAUACGGAUUGGUGUACACAGUUUAUGCAACAGGGAUCGAUCCCAAAAGAGGAAGCGUGGGGACAAUAGCACCGCUGGCUAUAGGCUUAAUAGUGAGCGCCAACAUCUUAGUAGGCGGACCAUUUGAUGGAGCCGCCAUGAAUCCAGCCAGGGCAUUUGGUCCAGCCUUGGUAGGAUGGAGGUGGAACCACCACUGGAUCUACUGGGUAGGUCCACUGAUAGGUGGAGGUUUAGCGGCUCUGAUAUACGAGUACAUGGUGAUCCCAGCAGCGGAGCCAGCACACCCAACGCACCAGCCCUUGGCUCCAGAAGAUUACUAGUCAGUGUUUCUUGUGUUUUGUACCUGUACCUGUACCUAGCUACAUAACUUGGUCCUUCAGGGAUCCAUCAUGCUUGUCGUUGCUUUCUUAAGUCUUUUUUUGCUACUUAUUGUAUGUUUUCUUGUAUGUUUGUAAGCGAUGUCAUGAAAAUAAUAAAAAAGGUGCAGUAAGUAGAACAUGUUCCUUUUUCUUUUGUUAA